UGUCGGUAUCCAGGUGGAGGAUGGAGAUCAGGCAGCCCACUCUGCCAGGGAAAAAGCUAAGCCUUUGCUGCGUAAAUUAGAGGAAGCAAUUUCAGAUCAACGAAAUCUCCAGACUAUAAAUACUGAGUUAGUGAACACUUGCCAGACACUUGAGCAGAAGACAAGAAAACCGAAAACAACAAUUGAGUCACUAAGAAAGAAGUUAAUUAAAGGACAACUCCAUGGCUUGCUGUUUCAGAGCUGUUUAGAUGAGGAAUUUCCUCACUACGAUCCCUUGUCCUGCACGGAUAGAAUUCAUCAACCUCUCCAGGAACAGUUGAAGCAGUGUUGCCAUAAACGAUAUAGUGGUCAAGAAGCAAGAAUACAUCAGCUACCCCUGACCUUCAGACGUACAUGCUGGUACACACCUCUGCUGGAUGCCUUGUAUCUGGAUAGUCUUACAGCAAUUCCAAGACUAGAAUUGACACCUUUCUCAUGUGUAGCCAACCGAAUCCAUGCUUCACGUGAAAGGCCCAAAUAUGGAGAAGUAGAGGAAGGUGCUUUGGAUGUGACUGGAAGGCACAAGUGUCCAGGCCCUACAGGUGGUCCCCACCCAGGAACAGAUCUUUCAGGUUGCAUCAGGAUGAAUAAUGACCCAAGUAUGGAAGAGAAUGGUGUUGAACGCUUAUAUUCUGAGAGCCUGCCACAGUCCAGGGAAUAUUCCACCCUACCAUCUCCUGGACACACUUCAUCCACAGAGAGUACUGUAACUUCAAGUGAUUCUGGAUCAGAAAUUUUGCAUAUGGCUUCUGGUGUCAUUGAUUGUAAACCACUCUGUGAGAAAGAGGAGGAUAAAAGAUCAACUUCUGCUGUGAAGAAGAUCAAAGGUGGAAGUCCAGCUCCUGAAAAUAUUGCACUCCAAGGCUCUGUGAAUGAAGAAAAAAUCAUGUCAAAUCAGGAAGCCAAAGGGGAACCAGAAACAAUAAAUGAGCACAGAAAAGAAUGUGUGGCAGGAGGCGCUGCUGUUUCCUCUCUUCCUGUGAAGUCAGUUAACUUUAGACAAAGUGACAACACUUCUGCUAAUGAGAAGGAGGUGGAGGCGGAAUUUCUCAGGUUAUCUUUGGGAUUUAAAUGCGACUGGUUCACCUUGGAGAAAAGAGUGAAGCUUGAAGAAAGAUCCCGUGACUUGGCAGAAGAAAAUUUGAAGAAAGAAAUUACUAACUGUUUAAAACUGUUAGAGUCUUUAACACCUCUUUGUGAAGAUGACAGCCAAGCCCAGGAAAUCAUUAAGAAGCUGGAGAAAAGUGUAACAUUCCUCAGUCAGUGCACAGCUCGAGUGGCCAGUAGGGCUGAGAUGUUGGGAGCCAUUAAUCAGGAAAGCCGGGUUAGUAAAGCCGUCGAAGUGAUGAUUCAGCAUGUAGAAAAUCUGAAGAGAAUGUAUGCCAAAGAACAUGCUGAAUUAGAAGAACUAAAACAGGUUCUUUUGCAAAAUGAAAGGACUUUUAACCCUCUUGAAGAUGAAGGUGACUGCCAAAUUAAAAAACGUUCAGCUUCUCUAAACUCUAAGCCAUCUUCUCUUCGAAGAGUGACCAUUGCCUCUUUGCCCAGAAAUAUUGGAAAUGCAGGAAUGGUGGCUGGGAUGGAAAAUAAUGACCGAUUCAGUAGGAGGUCAAGCAGUUGGCGUAUUUUGGGGUCAAAGCAGAGUGAACACCGUCCCUCAUUACAUCGAUUUAUUAGCACCUAUUCCUGGGCAGAUGCUGAAGAAGAAAAAUGUGAACUGAAAACUAAAGAUGACUCAGAACCACCUGAAGAAGAAACAGUAGAAAGGACAAGAAAGCCAAGUCUUUCUGAAAAGAAAAAUAAUCCAUCAAAAUGGGAUGUCUUUUCAAUUUGUAACACAAUAGCUUCCUGGGCAACAAAUCUCAAGACUUCCAUCAGAGAGGCCAGUAAGGCACUCUGGCUUUCUGUCGCGUUCAUUGUACUAUUCGCGGCAUUGAUGAGCUUCUUCACAGGCCGAUUUUUCCAGAAGUCUGUGGAUGCUGCUCCCACACAGGACGGGGACUCCUGGAUGUCUCUAGAACAUAUCUUGUGGCCAUUUACCAGACUCCAACACAAUGGGCCACCGCCAGUGUGACUGCAGCACAUCCUAAUGUGCUAAUGCUAAUCUUGAUUUUUAAAGUUUCAGUAUCUGAACUUUGUAAAUUAGUAACUUUUAGCUGGGAAAUUAUAGCAUGGAACCAGAGGUUCUCAGAAUGACUGUAAGAUAUUUUAUAUUCCCUCUUUUGGUGAUUACCUUCCUAACUAAAAUACAAUGGGGAGGAAGCCCACCUAUAUGAUUUUUUUUAAUGAGCUUUUUGAGGAGGAGAUAUUAUUGUUUGUUAAAAUUUAUUGAAAUAAAGAACCAUUCAAAUUUUCA